AUGCGCUGGCAGUCUUCUAGAAGCAGAAUCAAGGGGCCGUUAGAUAUUGUUCCCUUAAUAGCAUUCUUAUUAGAUUUUCCUCCAAGGCACAAGCUGCCAAAAUCUGUUAGAGAAUUUCAUCCAGAAAUGUCAUAUGGGCUACCUGUUAUUACAACUCGUGGAAACAAUGUUUAUGGGCCCAACCAGUUUCCUGAGAAGUUAAUUCCAAAGUUCAUCCUCCUGGCUAUGCAGGGAAAGAAUCUUCCAAUUCAUGGGGAUGGUUCAAAUGUGAGGAGUUAUUUAUAUUGUGAAGAUGUUGCUGAGGCUUUUGAAGUUGUCAUGCACAAGGUGAGGUUGGCCAUGUUUACAAUAUCGGGACAAAGAAGGAAAGGAGAGUUGUCGGUGUAG